AUGUGGGGCGUGAUUGGAGGUUCACGCCGCAGCCGUGCGUCCGGCGGUGCAGCAGGGCGCGAUUGGGCAGAGAGCGGGCUGGUGGGCUGGUGGUCACAGCGCUGGCGCUGGGCAGGAGGCGGGAUCACCCUGGCCGAUGCGCUGCUGGCUGCAGCUGCAGCUAUGCGACCCAGGCCUGCCACCACUCCCUCCUGCCGGGCUGCUGCUGCUGUUGCUGCUGCUGCUGCUGCUACUACUGCUGCUGCCACUCGCCAACACCUUGCCCCGCCGCCUGUUCUCGCCCACACGCCGUCUUGGCCGCCCGUGGUCCUGCUGCUGCUGCUGCUGUUGCUGCUGUUGCUGCUGCUGCUCUUCUUCUUCCUCUUUGCCCGUUGCCCGUGCCAGCUCCGUCCCGUCGAGCUGCGCUCCGCAUUGCCGUCUCCGUCUCAAGCUGCCACAGCAGCCGUCUGCACCAAGCAACACCUCUCCACCACCCCGGCCAAUCAGCACUUCUCUGCGCCCACCCCCACCUUCCCUGCUCUCGCCCGCCCGCCGUCUCGCCUUCCCUCCCACGCCGUUGCAGGAGGCGCCUUCCCCCCGCCGUGCGGCCGCGCCUUCCCCGCUCCUAUAGCACCACCAACAUGUGUACCAAGGUCGUGCACAAAUACGGCUGCGGCCACGAGAUUGCGGAAAAGGCCCCAUGCGCCACGUCGAGGACAUCACCCUGCGGCGUGA